AUGUUCCUGGUUUCGUUGGAUAUGACAAUUGUUGCAACAGCGAUCCCAAAGAUCACAGAUGACUACACAGCGUUACAAAAUCCGGGCCUCCUUUAA